AUGAAACGCUGGAAAGAAGCUACAAUCCCCCAAAAAAGAAACACAAAGUUCGACGCAUGUGGAAAUGAUUCCAAGAAAGGGCAUCCCAUUUCAGCCAUGGACAGACUGCCCCUCCCUCUGCAUCAUUCUGCGACAGACCAAGAGAAGAUGGAGGGCUUGCAUCCAACAAAUGAUUGGCCCACGAUGAGCCAAAGCAACGAACCAGCCAGACCCCAACCUCUCGAUUUCCAAAAUGCUCCCACGACCAGUCCAGUCCAGAGGCCCAAACAGGAGUGGGCAAGGCUCUCUCAUGCCAUGUCAUGGGAGAUGUCCCCGUAUCCAAUCCAAUCCAAACUUCCCUGCAUCACCAUCUCUGGUCAUCGUUUUACUCACCUCCUCUCAUUCAGUCGUCCCUGGCGCACACACUCUCUCGACGUUGACCGCUACGAAAAACCAACACCAACCAAUUUUGGACAGGGAUUUUGGGUUUCAGACCACAAAGAUUGGGAAUUCGCUCGUUACGGAAGGUGGACGACGGGUUGUUGGCAACUUGACGACAAAGCUUUACCCUGGUCACCAGGCCAAAGACUGGGUUACACGAGGGAGGAGUUUCUCUUUUGCAUCUUUUUCUUGAUUGAUGCUCGAGGUGGCCAAGACCAGAGAGUGAUCCAGAUCCAGGGUGGUGACCAUUACAGACCGGCCAAUACUCAAUUCAAUUCCCACAGACCCGAACUCGAACGACGCCAUCACCACCAAAUGUUCUUCAAGGGCUCCAUGCCUUCGUUCGUCACUGUAAACAACAACGUCUCACUCAUCAGCAUCACCGUUGCGCCGAGUACCUGGUUAGCCACAGUUGUCGUCUUCUUCGUCCUCGUGAUUCUCUAUCUACCCAGGAUAUCUCUUCGCAUUCCGCGAUUCACUUUCCCACGACUCCCUUCCCUACCAUCUCUCACGGCACUUUCCACCCCUCAGCGUGGGGGACGUCAUAUCAUCGACAAGCCGCUUCCGCCUCACCCACAAAGUCGCCAGCUAGUAGUUCUGAGAGAUCAGUCUCUGACGGUUGCGCGCCGCCGCUCAGCUGCUACCAGCGAGCUUUAUUCAAAUUCCAACCCGUCCAGCAGAGAUGGCCGACCCUCUAGACGGCCUCGACGCCUCAUUGCAGGACUUCGAACCCCCAGCCAGCCCGACAUCGAUGCGCCACUCGUCAGCACUCCCCAGCGAGCCGGCAACGGAGGAUCUCGAGGACUCAGACAUAGGUUCAGUCGGUGGGUACUCGCCGCCGGCAUGGCGGAGACUCGGCAACGGCGACCGGAGCAGCGGCUUUUGGAGGCACCAGCAGCAGCAUCAUCAUCAUCCACCAGGCCGACAGCCGCGGUAUGUUAG